CUCUCACUAAAAAAAAUGAACACCAUCCAGAAUUCUUCUUCUUCAUUCAAUGAUUUACCAGACGACAUCAUUCUCCAAAUAUUUAACAAAUUAACCAACGAUCUAAAAACCUUAUUUUUCUGCCACCAAGUUUCCAAACGUUUUUCACUAAUCGUCCUUCAAAUCCACACUAUUUCCUUUACUGCCCCUCGUCUUCUUUCAAACACUCCUGUUACCGACACAUCACCUCAAAACAACCUCUUCCAAACAUUCUUAAACGGUGUCGUUUUCAAACCCCUUAAUCUCCUCCGCCGUUUCUUCUUUUUCCUCCCAGCUACCAGACCCCUGCCACCCAUCAUCUCCUCAUUUUACGGCGAUUCCUUUCGCUCCGCCGUUUCGUUUUUAACCAAUUUCAAAACGGUGAAAUCGUUACAAAUUGAGCUUCCGUAUUCAAGCCAUAAAGGUAUUGAAAAUCUUUUAUUUAAAUGGAAUGUCGUUUUUAGUAAUCGGAUUCAAUCUUUUAUGUUUUUAUCCCCGAAUUUCGUUAGUAAUAAUCAUGAAUUAGGAAAUAAUGAUAAUAAUGAAAUAAGUAAUGAUAUGUUUAAGAAAAAAGUUCACAUAGCGUUUCAAUGUUUAAAAGAUGUGAUUGUGAGACAUAGGAUGAUGUUAUAUUUCAUUAAGGAUUUUCCGUUGUUGGAAAACGUUUGUAUUACGGAUUCUGGAAAACGGGGGAAGUUGUGUUUGAGUGGGAGGAAAGUUAGUGAUGUUAGGGAAUGGGUGAAUUCGGAUGUGAAACCGCAUUUGAGUCGUAUUGAGGUUCCUGUUAGUGUGAGUCAGUGUUUUUUGCCGACUUUGGAACUGCCGGUUUCUGGGUAUGUGAUGAAGGGGGUGACGUUUGUUGUAAUGCAUAUGAGUGGAAACGGAAAAAAUGAUGGUUUUGUCAACGGUGAUGUUGAUGGUUUUGAAGAAGAAGAGGCUGCGUAUCGUGAAGCUGUGAUGGAGAUUUUGGAGAAUCAUAAAGAGAAGAUGAUGACGCUGCUGUAGUUGCGGGAAGGCAACGCCAUCCAUGUCAUCAAUGAACACACUUACUCGUGCCACGCUCUUUCUGUCACUGUUCGUGUUUUGUCGAAAUGUCCUCCAUAUAAAUCUUGUAGCAGAAGCUACAGUUUGGGUGGUGUAUGCAGCCCCGAUGUCAUUGUUGAACCUGACACCGCCGGGGGUGGUUGCAGCCGAGUUGGUGACCUUGUAGUCCACUGCUGCGGUUAUUUGCAGGAUUGCUAGAAUUGCAAGAAAGGGGACUAUUGAAGAUAUAUUGUUAGCCAUUUUGUAGUAAUGUUGCUUAUGUUUUAUGUGGGGUUGGGACAAUUGGGUUUAUAUACAAGGUUGAAAGUGGUGCACCAUGAGAAUCAUAGCAGGGAUUUGAAGUCAAAAGGCAGCAUAAACAUUGGAAAAUUUCUUAGUGGCCGGGGAAAGUGGUGCACCAAGAGGAUUUAUAGAUUUAUAUCGGGGACUUUGGACCUAUUCGUCUUAUCAACGAUUCAUUAUUUUAUCUCUGAAUUGUUUUCAA